AUGAACUCACCAAUGCCCUUGGUCGGGCGUAGUCUCUCCAUGUUUACGCUUUCCAUUGUGAUGAUGUGUCUGGCUGUCAUCGCGGUUUCUCUUAGAUGUUUUGUUCGUUGGUAUCUUGUUCGUGCAUUUGGAUGGGAUGAUACACUUAUGGUCGGAGCACUGGCCAUUUUCAUAGCUCUAACCGUCGGCUGUAUCAACGGCGCCAUGGAUGGCGUCGGCCACCAGAUGGUAGACUUCGGGGAGAACAUCGCCCUUUACGAAGCUGCCCUUCGUUGGUGGUGGCUCAGCCAAAUGCUCUACAUCUGGGCUUCGGCUGUAACCAAAAUCUCCAUCGCCGUCGCACUCCUCCGCUUAACCGUGCGGAAACAACACAUGAUAAUCCUCUACUGCUUAAUCGGCCUAGCAAUCGCCAAUGCGCUCUAUUUCUUUUUCAUCCUUCUUCUCGACUGUCGUCCUAUUUCUUAUUUCUGGCAUCAAGCGAAUCCUUUAGCAAAGGGGUCUUGUCUGUCCUCUACUAUCCUGUUGAAUAUCGCAUACCUAUAUAGCGCGCUCACGAUCGUGGUCGACUUUUCACUGGGCAUUUUGCCGAUCUUUCUUGUCUGGAAUCUUCAAAUGAAUCGCCGAACCAAGUUUGCGGUUGGGGGAAUUUUGAGUCUAGGUGCCAUUGCGAGUGUUGCAGUGGUCAUCCGACUUCCAUUUCUUCACUACUAUACCGAUCAAGACUUUCUCUACUCAACUUACCAAAUUGCUAUUUGGUCCAUUCUCGAAACGAGCUUCGGCAUUAUCGCUGGAAGUCUUGUCACUCUACGCCCGUUAUUCCGCUGGUUCUUGGACGGAAGUCUAUAUGGCCAAAAACAACGUUAUGAAAGAAGUGGCUCUGUUAGAUAUCCGUUGGCCAGUUUGAAGGGCGAUGGGAGUGGGGCGAAACUUUCCAAUGAUCCCCGAUACUGGCGUCCGGAUAUCGACGAUACCAAGGUGGUUACGAGUGUCUCGUCACCUAGGGAGCCUGGAUUUCCUCACUCAAAUAGCAGUGAAGAGCAUUUGUAUCCGGGUACUACGGGGGGUCGAACACAGUAUCACGUUAGUGUUCAUGAGACUAUCACCGUCGAGGAGGUAACACACGCCACUUCUUCAACUAGUUAA